AUGUCCACCAAUUCGGGACAGCUCGAAAGCAUUGGUUUUUACAUCGUUGAACAAAUCCUCGCUGAGCACCGGAGUGUCUGGAACAAUGGCCCUGGCCAACCCAGCUUUCAUGGUAUCAAAUAUCUGACCAAAUGGGACGGUUAUCCCCUUCACGAAUGCACCUGGGAACCUGCGUCGGCUUUUUCUGUUCCAAAUGAAGAUGGGGCCAUUCGUCCUGGAACACCACCCGUCCUCCAAACGUGGUAUGAGCGCAAAAGGUCUAUGAGCGAAUCCCAAUUCCAGAUGUAUUGCCGGAAGAAGAUCGAUGCUUUUAAUGCAGCAUGUGAAAGUGCCAUGGUAGCUAAAAAAGUAGAUCGUUCCAAGAAGCGACAAAAGCCCAUCCCGCCAAGGAGACAAGCAAGACCUGUAAUAUUCGACAAUGACGAUAAAGAUGAGUAUGUCCCACCUGUUCAACCACAGAACCAAGCUAGUCGCAAACCUCCGGUACGGCCAGAUGCCUCGUCAUCCGAGGCAGAGUUGGCGGAUGGCCAAAUGAGCGCCGGUUCAAGUACACGACCGACGAAGAAGCGACGGAGUUCAAGUGGAGCAAAUGACUCAAUCAACAAUGAUAACAACUCGAAACGCGGCGCUUCACCAACCUCGGCACCGAAAUUAGUUGCGCAAGCGGAUCAACGCACGUCAGUAACAAAGACGACGCCGCAUAGUCCUCCGCAACCCAUGAAGAAAGUAGCUUUGCAAAAGGCUAGACCUGAGACAGGACGACUUGGAACGGACGGCAAUAAUUCAUCCGCUAAACCCGCCACGCCCCGUGUAACUGGCCAGUCUAGUGCCAGUCAGGCUACACCCACUCCGGCCAUCAGGGUAGUUAAUCGACCAAAGGUUCAGUCCCGUAGUGAAUGGAAAAAUGGUACAAGUCUGUUCUCCACAUUACACUUUCGGGGAAUGGCGCAGAAGAGGGCGCGUGCUGAAGGUAUACCUGAUAUAGCGGCUCUUGAGAUUGUCAACGACGAUACUGUUCAGCCAAAAAUACCAGGCAGGCGUGAGACUAUAUACGAUCGUCGCGAAAGCAGACACGAACGCGCAGAAGAGCCUGAGCAUGCGCCUCUGAAGUCAUGGGAGGUAGAUAAAGUUCCAUUGGUGUGCGCUUCCUGGAGGCUCAGAAACAAUUGCCCAAGAUCUGCACAAGACUGUUACUUUUUACAUCGGAACACAGAUGCGAAUGGGCGCGAUUAUCCCGUGGGUGAUAUGGGAGGCUGGAUACCCCCUAGAUACCGCAAGCCGCCACUCACGUGCCUUCACUGGUUGCGCAAGAAGGCCGGAUGUUACAAGCCGGAUGAUGAGUGUUCAUACGCUCACAAGAAUACUGGUUGGAUACAGAAUGAGAGCAACCCUAGCGCAAAGGCUGUCCGCAUUGACCAGAGCGAAGUACCUCAAUCAACCUCCCAAACGCCUGUUGUGUCUAACAACAAGAAGCCUCCUCAAGACCUUACUUGUUGGUACUGGGCUAAUACAAAUUGCAAGAACACGGCCGAAGGUUGCGCAUUCCGGCACUAUCACACUGGUGUCGUUGCUCGUCCACCACCGGGCUGUAUAGAUAAGGAAUCUAGUAACAACGUCACUCGGCAGAAUUCCAACUCCGCAGUGGAGCCAUCACUGGAGCCAUCACUGGAGCCAUCACUAGAGCCAUCACUAGAGCCGCCACAGCCUAUAGUCGAUGAGCCGCAUCACCCCGAGACGGCCAACAUAGUCCAGCCUCCGCCGCUUCCGCCACCCAUUGAGUCUCCAGCCGAAGCAACGUGUGAACAGAUACGAAGAAGGAUUCGUUCGGUUUGCAAACUUGACUUUGAAAAACUAUUCGCCAGCAAUAAUGGCAAAGCGAACAAUCUGAUGGAUCGACGGGCUUUCUUAGUGUACCAUACAGGACAGCAUACAGAGGAACUGGAGAUUAUCACUCGAUGGCUGUUGACACAUCACGUUCAGGUGUCUGGUGUGCAGUAUGCGGGCGCUUGGGAGGCAUUCCAGAAGCAAAUCAAGCGCGGGGGUUCUGGAGUGAUUAUUGUGCAUCCCGACUUUGAGUAUUUUACAGAACUGCCAGGAUUGGGCCAAGUUCUCCGUCACCAAGUCCGCAUGUGGUCUGUCGGGCUGCAGGAGGCCAUCGAAUACGACCCGGCCUUGACAGAUUCUCCGCCCACAUACCGUUACGCUCCUAUUGAGAUAUUCCCAGUUGGUGGCUUCAUUCACAUCACAGACGACGUGUUUGAGUCGGAGCCGCAACUUGCAUUGCGGAUUAUCCAACUUUUCUUUGACAAGAUAGCGAGGCUCAAGCGGCUUAUGGACCCGGCAGGUCCUGAGCGGCAGGUCGAAGAUGAAUUGCUCUGGCGGCUAUGUGUGCGGCCAGAGCUGAUGGAGUAUCUGAUGAAGCACUGUGAGGAGCAUGAAAAAGAGCUCGAGGCUGGCGACGCCGACAUGCAGAGCCGCGCUAAACUGUACACCCUGCUGGCCGAAACAAGGUACAUUGAGCCAGACGACGGGAGCGAGCCAUUAAGUAGCGUGUUUGACAAGUUUCCCAUUCUCUCGGAGCGCCGUAUGAUUGCCGAAUGCGAGCCUCUGGACUACUUCAAUACGGCGGCGCACAACCAGCAAGAAGCCAACCUGAACAUGAUCCGGUACUAUGCAGGGCUGCAGGUAGAUCUGCGGCGCGACUACCGCCACUUUUUCGUUGUGCACACGGAGCCUACGGCGGAGUACGUGCAGCAGUGGAAGGACGAGAUUCAGACGAUUGCUGAGGUCAUGACGCCUAGCAGGUGCGUGCAGGAGCUGCAGAAGGAGGACGAAGUCAGCAUGUUUGAUUUUUGCGAGCGGUUUAUGGCGGCCAAACUGGCAACCGAGUGA